AAAAUGUCGAAGCCGGCAUACAAAAUUGCAGACAUCAGUUUGGCGCAAUCCGGUCGCCGACAAAUCCUUCUGGCCGAGAACGAAAUGCCCGGUCUGAUGGCUUGCCGGAAGAAGUACGGGCCGUUGCAGGUGCUCAAGGGUGCCCGCAUCGCCGGGUGCUUACACAUGACCAUCGAAACGGCGGUGCUGAUAGAAACGCUUCUCGAGCUGGGCGCAGAGCUGCAGUGGAGCAGCUGUAACAUCUUCAGCACGCAGGAUCAUGCCGCUGCCGCCAUGGUUAAAGCAGGUGUGCCUGUAUACGCGUGGAAGGGUGAAACGGACGAAGAGUACCUGUGGUGCAUCCGCCAGACGCUGAUGUUUCCCGAUGGCAAACCGCUCAACAUGAUCCUAGACGAUGGGGGCGAUCUUACUCAUUUGAUCCACACCGAGUAUCCGGAACUAUUGCCGGGCAUCAGGGGCGUCAGCGAAGAAACGACGACCGGCGUCCAUAACCUCUGCCGGAUGUUCAGUGAGGGCCGCCUCCGUGUACCGGCAAUCAACGUCAAUGACUCUGUAACAAAAAGCAAAUUUGAUAAUCUGUACGGAUGUCGCGAAUCGCUACUGGAUGGCAUCAAGCGAGCCACCGAUGUGAUGAUUGCCGGCAAGGUGUGCGUUGUGGCUGGUUAUGGCGAUGUGGGCAAAGGAUGUGCUCAGGCGUUCCGCGGUUCCGGUGGACGUGUUCUGAUAACCGAGAUUGAUCCCAUUAACGCUCUCCAGGCGGCAAUGGAGGGGUUCCAGGUGACGACCAUGGAGGAGGCCUGCAAGGUGGGACAGAUCUAUGUAACCACGACCGGGUGCACUGACAUCAUCAUGGGGGAGCACUUCCUCUGCAUGCCGGAUGACUCGAUCGUCUGCAACAUUGGCCACUUUGACUGCGAGAUAAACGUGAAGUUCCUUGAAAAAACGGCGAAGGAAAAAGUUACUAUCAAACCGCAAGUCGAUCGCUAUUUGCUGCCGAACGGUCGACACAUCAUACUGUUGGCCGAGGGCCGUUUGGUGAAUCUGGGCUGCGCCACGGGACACUCCAGUUUCGUCAUGUCGACAUCGUUCACUAACCAAGUGCUGGCACAGAUCGAGCUGUGGACGAACACGGACAAGUAUCCCAUCGGUGUGCAUGUACUGUCGAAGAAGUUAGACGAGGAGGUCGCUGCUCUACAUCUGGAUAAGCUGGGGGUAAAACUCACCAAGCUCACCCCAAGACAAGCCGACUAUUUGCAUCUACCGGUCGAUGGUCCGUUCAAACCAGACCACUAUCGUUACUAAGCGCUAUAAUAUGCAGCUCGUUAUAUGGUGUUGCAAGUAGUUUUUAAACAACACCUA